GGAGUUUUUACACCCUUAACCAUCAUGUCGAACGUUAACACAGGCGAAUUACUCAAUUUCCAGGACUAUUCCCCUGAGCACAAUGAGCGUAGUGCGAGAAUCGACGUGGAAGCGGUACACACCAAUCAAUAUAAUAACACCAUGUCUAACCAGAGUUAUAACAACCCCAAUUAUAAUUUUGAUGAACCUAAGGUAGCUGAGGAAUCUAUGGAAACUCCUAAAUCAAAUCACAACUUCUGGACCAUAGAAUACUAUCAGAAGUACUUUGAUGUGUACACAAAUGAAGUGGUGGAACGGAUAAUAUCUUCGGUGUUGCCACAGAAGGUAUCACGCAACUAUUUUGAUGAGCGCAUCAAGGGGAAACCUGAUUUGUAUGGACCUAUAUGGAUAUCUUUCACUUUGAUCUUUACAAUAGCAGUGAGUGGCAACAUAGCAAACUAUUUGCACAGUCAGAAUGCUGGCCACUGGCGUUACGACUUCCACCUCGUCUCAUACGCGGCCACCGCCAUCAUGUGCUAUGUGUGGAUUGUGCCAUUAGCGCUGUGGGCUGCACUUAAAUGGACCUCUGUGCCAGAUGGACAGGAUGACAUUGACGCCCAGGUCUCCAGUUCACCGACAAUGAUCUCCCUCUUCUGUCUGUAUGGAUAUUCCCUUUCCAUCUACAUACCAGUCGCUAUCUUCUGGACUAUCCAAGUGGGCUGGCUCCAAUGGCUUCUUGUCCUCAUGGCGGCUUCAGUUUCAGGCGCUGUACUAAUAUUCUGGCUCCUACCAGCAUUGAGAAAAUCUAAAUAUUUCCUAAUUUUGGUUGGGUCAAUUUUAGCAUGCCAUUUCCUAUUAGCUGCUGGGUUUAUGUUAUAUUUCUUCCAUAAGCCAGCUACUAUUGAUAUUCUUACCACUACUACUGUUAGAGUACCUACGCUAGCGCCCGCUGUGUCCUCUGUUAAACCGUAAUUUUUUUAUUAGUAGAUAGAUUUUUUAUUUGCAUAAAGAAUGUACCACAUUUUCCGUACAUCACUGAUAUACAGUUUUCUGUAGUUCAACAGUACGCAUACUAAAGCAACCAGAUAGUGUUGUUUCAAUGGAAAGUAUGAAUAUAUUACUAUUGAAAUUGUGACGAGUGUAGUGUCCUCUAUAGUAUUUUAUAAACUAGUAUUGGUGUGGAACAUUACAAUAAUGUACUUUAUUUUAAAAGAAAUCUUUCAAUACGAUACAUUGAAACCCAAGCUGUCUCUAAACAAAAAUCACGCUUUUUAAAAUGUAAACUUUCUUUCAGGAACUCUAAUGGACAUUUCCCGAAAUUUUAUUUUUUCGUUUAGUGACUGUUUGGUGUUAAUAACUCGUAAUAUAAAGUUGAUAUUUAAGUUAAUUACUACUUGAGUCGUUACUUUUAGUUAAGAAUUUUGAGUCAUAGAAUUUUUAAGAAUACAUAAGGGGUCGUGUUUUAAAGUAGAUUCUGCGUUACUAAUAUAAACACAUUAAAAGGUUGUCAAAAAUAAUAACCUAAGUGAGGUUUUUACUGCCAUUAAUGUUUAAAUUUCCAUGUUUAUUCCUCUUUCAACAGUCAAUAUUAUUUAUGGUAAAAAAAUAUGAAUCAUAAUUAGAUGGGCAAAAUGUAAACAAAGAAAUGUGUAAUGUCAUUAAGUGUGCAUGCAGAGAUGCUAAACCUUCUAUU